AUGCACAUUAUUUUUCGUGUAUUUCUAAUCGUUGCAAUUCUUACAAUUGCUAUUUAUUGUCAAGGUGGUGGUGGUAGUAGAAGUGGCAGCCGUAGUCGAAGUAGUCGAAGUACUCGAAUUAGCCGAAGUUUUUCUUCGUAUCUCAGCUCACGUAAUUGUACGGAUGGCACUUGUCAACAACAAGAUACUGUUGUAGAAUAUACUAUCGCAGGCUCUGCUCUUAUUAUAUUUGGUAUAGCUUGCUAUCAAAUAUGGUGGCACGGUAAACCAGCUCAUUCGAAUGCGACUUAUGUAGAUUUGCCAUCAAAUGAAGUCGAAUUGCAAGAAUCUAACCAAUUUAUAUCAGGCCUCUGGUCGUGUGAAUAUUAUCAAUAUAAUAUAUGGUAUGCACCGAAUCAUUUUUCACUUGUAUUCGAUUCUGAAACGCAGAAAGUAACCGGUAAUGGAUCUGAUAGUGUCGGUGAGUACACCAUUGAAGGUAUUUAUUCGACAAGAACCAAUCGAAUGGGUCUUAUAAAAACAUAUAAAAAAGGAACAGGCAAUCCUAUACAAAAUCUUGGACAUGAUGUUACAAUUCAAGUAGUAUGGAACUCGAAUCAACAUCAAUUCGAAGGAAAAUGGUACGUACGAACGAGCAAGUAUACUGGACAAAAUAAGUUUCAUCUCAAACUCGAAAAAAGUUAUAAAGCCAUGCAAUAA